AUGACAGGGGAGACUGCAGGUGGCCAGCCGUCUGUCUCUCUACACCUCUCUGUGGUUGUGUCACUGAUUGCCCUGCUGGCCCUGGUGGCCCUGCUGGUGAACUGUGUGACCUGCUGCAAGGAGCGGGAAGUCAAUUUCAAGGAGUUUGAGGACAAUUUUGAGGAUGAGAUUGACUUCACCCCUCCAGCUGAAGACACCCCCUCCAUGCAGUCCCCUGCUGAGGUGUACACCCUGGCAGUGCCCCCCGUGGCCUUGCCCGGACCCCCCCACCUGGAGACACCCCCCCGCAUCUCAGUGGGAUCCACUGGCUCUCAGGUGGUCCGUCACAGUCUCAGCUACAUCCAGGAGAUUGGGAACGGCUGGUUUGGCAAGGUCCUCCUCAGUGAGAUCUACACAGAUCCGGGUGGGGCCAAGGCGGUGGUCAAGGAGCUGAAGGCUAACGCAAGUGCUAUGGAGCAGAAUGACUUCCUGCAGCACGGAGACCCUUACAGAGUUCUGGUGCACCCUAACAUCCUGCAGUGUCUGGGCCAGUGUGUGGAGGCUAUCCCCUUCCUGCUGGUCUUUGAGUACUGCGAGCUGGGGGACCUCCGGAGCUACCUGUCUCAGCAGGAUUGGAUGUUCCGAAAUGCUGAGCUGCUGCAGCUGCAGAAGAUGGCCUGUGAAAUCGCUGCUGGCGUCACCCACCUCCACAAACACAACUUCCUGCACAGUGACUUAGCCCUGAGGAACUGCUAUCUGACUGCAGACCUGACGGUCAGAGUGGGAGACUAUGGCAUCGGCCCCUACAGAUACAAGGAGGAUUACAUCAUCACGGAGGACGACGAGUCGGCGCCCCUGCGCUGGAUGGCCCCGGAGCUGGUGGGGGAGCGCCAUGGGGGCGUGAUCACCCUGGACCAGACCAAGCCUGGCAAUGUGUGGGCCUUGGGGGUGACUCUGUGGGAGCUGUUUGAGAACGCAGCCCAGCCCUACCCUCACCUGUCUGACCGCGAGGUCCUGAACCACGUCAUCAGGGAACAGCAGAUCAAACUGUUGAAACCACAGCUGGAGCUGCCCUACUCCGACAGAUGGUAUGAGGUGCUACAGUUCUGCUGGCUAACUACAGACAAGCGGGCCACGGCCGAGGAGAUCCACCGGCUGCUCACCUACCUGCGUAUGCAAGGCCAGAAGGAUGUAGAGGACGACUUCCAGCAGCGCUGGGACUCCCUCAAGCCCAACCCUGUCACGCGCCAGACCACCGUCAGCCACUCCUCCUACCCCAUUCUGGAGCAGUUCGCAGAUGAUGCCCUGCGGGCCGAGGUGGACGAGGUGCUCACCGUCACUGAGACCAGCCGUGGCCUGAGCUUCGAGUAUGUGUGGGAAGCGGCCAAGCAUGACCAUUACGACAGCAGCAGUGGCCAUGGACGCUCGGCUAUGGACACCACGCUCAACUACCACAGCAUGUUCUUCCCCGUGCCCAGCGAGGACAUUCAGGCCCACUUUCCAGACCCGGCAGCCCCCAGGACGGGGGGCUCCGACAGCAGGAACACCCAUUCAGCAAUCCCUGGGAUCCUUCCCGUGUUUGACGCUCACAAACCAGCCAAUGGAAACGAGUACUACAUCCAGUUGGAGGAGCAGGGGGAGAGCACCGUGGAGGCGAAGGAGAACAGGGGUCCGGAGGUAGACACAGUUUCAGACGGGCAGAAAUUUGUCACCCUUCAAGACGUCCGCUUGGACGAGUCCAGCACCGAUGCAGACUUCUUCCACCACAGCAUAGACUCCAAGGACUCGUACCUCCAGGACAGCCACAUCUGGUCGUCCAGUGAGCAUGACAGCCCCUACCACACCAACAUCUUCAGUGAGGGAGACUCCAGACAGGACUCCCAUUCCUGGAACAGGGGCUUCAUGGAGCUUCCAGAACUCAACGGAAAUGGUUUCCAGAGAGUGGAGUCUGUAGAGGGGCAGACCCAGGGAACAGAAAAGUCAUUUCGGAAUUCUUUUUUAGGGGAGCGCCAUUCAGAGGUCAUCCUCCAGGACUCUUUAGAGGAGGCAGAGGGGGAGGGAACCCCGGAUGUGAUGAGGCUACUGAACACUGAGAAACUAGCGGACAACUUCAUGUUCCUCAAAGAGAAGAGCCUGAUGAAGGAGGGCUCUGGUUUAUCAGGGAAAAGUAGUGGGAGUCAACAACUGGACUUCCUCCAACCUGGUCUGACCCACAUCCCCGAGCACAGUUUCAGAAUGAACUCUUGGGAUGAUGAUGAUGAUGAGACCAUAGAUUGCAUAAACGUAGCAGAGAUCCCCAUAAAACCUGUGGAGAGCAACAUGUCCCCAGCAGAGGAGGAACUUUUUGACUUUAUGAGUCCCAGUUUUGUGGAUUUCCUGCAACCUCUAGCAGACCCUAAAACACUGGUGCCUUCAAAUACACUGGUAACAGAGGACAUCUGUAGCAACCAGCUGCCAAUUAGAGGACUGCUGCAGCAGUCCUCUAAUAUGAGGAUGGACUCUGCCUCUGAGAGGGCUGAGGUCCCUGUUAUUAGUUCAGCAAAUAUCCACCAGUCUCCCACACUCCUCUCUGAAAGUGCCACUACAGACCCCCUGUGCAUGGAUGCCAAAAACCCCAGCCUUGAAGACUGCCUCGGAGGCUCAGAGGAUGACUGUGUUGAAUCCAAAGGAAUCAAAGAGCCAACAGAUGACCUGCUAAGCUAUGACUCUCCCCCAGUCUAUGUCAGUGAGAUUUCUGUUGACAAUGGCCUGACCAGUGAAGGCUUUACCAGUGAUGAUCUGCUGAGCGACCUGGUUGAAGAUGAUACAGAGGCAGAAAUGGAUACCGUUCUCUCUGAGCAUGAACAUGACAGGUCCUCUCUGCUGGUUUCUGGUCCUUCCAUGGACCAGAUCAGCCAGGACAGCCUAUUGGAGGACAGUGUUUCCACCACUCUGCCCACUGUGGAGAACUCAGCUGAGACGCCAGAUUCCCUGGACAACAGCCACAGGCUGGAGGGGUCUGUUGAAGAGCUAAACACCCCGGCAGCCCCUCACAAGCUCCAGCCCCCGUACAAAACAGCCGACAGCGGCUACGAGACAGAGAACCUGGAGUCUCCAGAGUGGAACUCUCAGCCCAUCAUCAAAGACCACUUCUCAGAGGAAAACGGUCUGAGUUUGGCCGAGGAAGAGGAGGAGGAGCCAGCAGCUGCUACCAUGCUGGUUCCCCCCGAAAUCAUCGUCUCGGAGGUGGAGAGUGUGAUGGAUGCUCAGGACGGUGAGGACCAGCAGGCAGAGCCCAUCGCCCCUGGGGAGGAAUAUUUCACGGGAGGCAACUACAGAGACUCUGCUUACUUCUCCGACAACGAGUCCGAGCCCGAGAAGAAGUCUGAAGAAGCCAACUCGGCAACUGUGGACAUCAGUGGCGGUGUUUCUGGAGGUCCAUCUGUUCUUCCUGAAGUCACAGAGGAGGAGCAUGUAGAGUCUUCUGCUGGGUCACAGUCUCCCAUUGCUCGAGAAGCUCUGGUUGAUAUUGGAGUGGAGAAGACCAAGCCUCAGCUCCUGGAAGGGACCAGUCUCCCUGUGCUGAUCCUCACCACAGAGGAGGACUGGGAGAAGACUUCACCUGUGUCCAUCGACGGCAGUGUGGACGAAACCAGGACACUGGAGUUCUUCCCUGACUUCAGGACUCACAGUCACUCUGAGUUCAGCGGAACUUCCACCGAGGACCUGGAAAAGCCUCCAUUGCCUGCUGUUGCUACCUCAGCAAAACCUUUUCCUGAGAACAUACCGGUCCACGCUAAGCUAACCAGGACCUACGCCAGCGAGAUCACCCCCAAGUUGAAGGAGCCCGACAUGGAGGGGAGGUACCUGGGCAGGCGCGACGGCUCUGAUGAGAAUGGGCAGGAGGACGGAGGGGAGGCGGACGAAGAGGACGAUAACAGCGAUGACUCGGAUGAUGACAUGCGGGCGUACCGGCUGCACAGCUCGAGCGAGGACAGCGAGGACGACACGGUGCACCCGGUUCCCGUUAUAGUCUCGGAUGACAGUAGAGCGCGGAACCUCAAGAGCCUGCUGAAGCCCACGUCGCUGAAUGUCACCCCCAGCGCCAAACCCUCCAUGCCAUCAGGGGGCAGCGAUUCAGACAGUGCCAGUAGAGCAGUGUCGUUUUUCGACGAUGUCACUGUUUUCCUUUUCGACCAAGAGACCCCCACCAAGGAGCUGGGCGACCAUUCGUCAGGUUCCAACAGCCAGGUGUCCGAGUUCAGCAGCCCUGUGCCCACGGCCAGCUACCUGAAUAGGUUCACCAACUCCACAGAGAGCUCCACAGAUGAAGAAGGCGGUGGGUUUGAAUGGGAUGACGACUUCUCGUCCCCGGAGCCCUCGGCGUUCCUCUCCAAGGCAGCUACGGACCUGGCCGUGUCUAAAACCAUGUCCCCUUCGUCUACGGCCUCUCACUACUUCUCCCCUCCCGGGGGCCGCGCCCCGGAGCCCAGCUGGAGCAGCUCUAACUCCAACUACUCCCGCUUCUCCAUCUCCCCGGCCAACAUCGCCAGCUUCUCCCUCACACACCUCACUGACUCAGACACCGAACAAGGAGGAAGCAGUGAAGAAGGAGAUAAAGACUAAGGUGCAUGUGGAAGGGACCGUUUCCCCCCCACUUCUGAGGGGAAUGGACCCAGAGCCUCGUACAACGUCAGGUGAAUGUAGGAGAGCUCAACAUGCAGGCUAAAGAUGGAACGGAUGAUGACACUGUUAUGAAGGCCGUGGAUGCUUCUCUUCUCAGGCAGAACUGCCCCCCCCCCCCCCCCCCAUCAUCAUAUGAAGAGAACUAGAAACAGACUGAGCCAGAGGCUCCGACAACCACAACGCCCUCAACAAAAUCCCCUUCCUUCCACCAAAAGCCUCUUAGCAAAUAAACAGUUGAGGCUCAGUCAGUCCUCUGAGCCUUGUUCUCCCCCCCCCCCCCCAUCAGUGCAAUGCAGCAGGAAGAACAGACAAAACUGACCUGACUUUGUUUGCUUUAAGACUUGUCGAGCGCAUUCCAAGUGUUUGGUUAAUGUCCUCCUUUCCUGAGGGGAUUCUGUUUCACCCCAAAAAUACACUUUUAUUUUGAAGCCCUGAUUGAACCACAGCCCCUGUGUCUGCAAUCAAUCAAAUAGGAAUAAUGAGCUCUUUGGAUCAGGCUGACUAAAACACCAAGGCCCUUGGGCGUAACACUGCUCAUUAGCACCUUUGCUACAUUGUGCGAUUAUUACAGGAGUUGCCUUUUGGAAAUGUAUUUAUUGUCAGGUCUACUCAUGAAGUGUGUAUGCUUCAACAGGAGAUGGUCAAGACUGGAAGAGGUAUAUUAGGAAUUUAAGGAACCAAGUUUUGGUGAUUGACUCAUUCACCGUCCAUACAUCCCAUCUGUAUAAUUGAAAUGAGCCCCUGCUUGGUUGCUAUAGGAACAGUCAGUGUUCUAGUUAGAACCAUGGAACAGGAGAGGUCUGACAGCAUUACAGUUCAUUCAUAUGAAGGAAGUUCAGUUAAACACCAUCAGUAGAAGUAUUGGAUAAGGUAACAUUGCCACAAGCCAUGGUUUGAAUUAACAGUAUGGGACUUCAAGGUUUGUCCAGUUUCUUCACCAAUCAAUGGGUCUUAUCGUAGUGCCUAUUUCAUACUGAUUACAAAAAUAUAAUCUCCCUGUUCACUCCAGGAAUCACAUGAUUAUGAAGAGGUCAAUACAUUUUGUCCUGACAAGCCUAGUGACUGCGUUUGCAUUGUUUUUGUUUUGUGAAACAUGUGCACCUUUUUAUUUGUUUAAUAGGAGCCAGUAGGGAUGUGUCACUGUCCCAAACGGCACGCAGAUCAUUUCUCUGGUACUGUGCAGGGAUCUUACAUUAACUCAACCCCUAGUUGUCAUUGGACUGUACCAAGACAGACAUGCCUGUUCUUUGUUUUGUUUACUAUGUCAAACCAGUUCUACACUCAUACUGAGUUUUAUUUUCUGCACGGGUUAUUCACUAACUACUGCAUGUGACACAGCCCAGGUAAAGAUUACGGACAUUGCCAAAGCAACCCGGCUAUCAUGCACCACUCAACGGACUGUCUCCGGUGUGCAGCAAGGUUGGACUGUGUCACGAUCAAUGAUGUAUAUAAACAAUUAUUCAGCUGGAUCAGUGAGGUGAGCUUCAUGGUCUUUCUGUUCCUGUAGUUCAAACUGUUCUUCCAGACUCAAUGGGUUCUACACAGAUGAAACGAUGGAUAGCUCUUGGUUUAGUGUCAAGGUUUCCCCUAUGAACAAGUGGAUAGAAACCCUUUGUCCUCACCUCCAGUGUUCUAGACAAGGUUAACCUCUUUACUACCAGCAGCCUGUGUUCUUUCAGUUAAACUUGAAAUGUAUUUUAAGGAAAUCCUGUUUUAUUCUACAGUAUAUACAUUUGCUUAAUCUUGCACAUUUGAGAAGGCUAACUUAAUGUUGAACUGUACUGAUGUAUAUAAAUGUUUAAUUUUGUCUGUACAUGGGGAAUGAUGUAAUCAAGUCCUAGGUAUGAGGUUAUUUUGUCAUUUAAGUCAGCGUUUAAAGAGUAACAUAUCACGGUAAAAAGUGACAACGGUUAAAUUAAAGGUGCUACAAGAUUGAAUUGUAAUUUCAGAAAAUGUCAUAACAGUGGAAUGAUAUGUAAGAGACUACCCUACUAGCGGUUUGAUUGCUGUUCUCCUGCCAGAGCAGCAUCAGUUGCCAAAAUGGGAAAGCUGUUCUGACUACCGUCUAGUGGAAAUCGCUAAAAUUCUACACUUCGCUCAAUUUCAGUGUGAAAUAUAUUCGUGUACCAAAAGCAACUUUCGGCUCACCAGCUUUAAAAAGGCUGUUUACUUAUAUAAUUCAGUGCUUGUUUUUGAAGUGUAAUAACCAGGAAGUUACAUUUCCCCUAGAUAAGUCAGAACAACUUUCCCAUUUUGACAAGCUGCCACUCCGGCAGGAGAUAUCAAUGAGAAUAUCACAACACUGGCAGGUAAGUAAUACUAUUCCACUAUUAGCGCCGGACAUUUCCUAAAAAUACUAUUGCGAAGCACCUUAAGACAAACAGGAAAAUCAAUUCUGUCCGUAAAUUUUACAAAUUGUAAUAUUUUUACUUCAUAUUGAUGAUCAUGCUUAGUGUAUUUGAAUGAAAUGUUUAAUAUGGAAAUAAAUGCACAUUUACUUCUAUA